ACUGCCAGCCCGUAUAGAGUUAUUCCAGGAAUGCGUUGAACAUGGCUGCCGCUAUGAAGGAGCAGAAAACGGGACUGCUAGAACUUCGUGUGACCGUGGACCGCUGGAUCCGGGUGUUGGCCACACUUACCGAGGACACGCUCACGGUAAAUCCCGGGGAGGGUUCCGAGGAGCCCGCGAAGCCCAACCCGAGUCCCGCCGGUGCUAUCAACGGAGAUCCCCCGAACCUCAGCUCGUCCCCGGUCCCGGAAACCAUCACCAACGUGAAGCGCACUGUGCGAGUUACCAAGCAAGAUGUUGGAGGACUCGGAAUCAGUAUCAAAGGUGGGAGGGAGAACAAGAUGCCAAUCCUCAUCUCCAAGAUUUUUAAGGGCUUGGCUGCUGACCAGACUGAGGCGCUUUAUGUUGGUGACGCCAUACUUUCUGUCAAUGGUUAUGACUUACGGGAGGCCACACACGAUGAAGCUGUCCAAGCGCUGAAGAAAACUGGCAAAGAAGUCAUCCUUGAAGUGAAAUACAUCAAGGAGAUGUCGGCCUUCUUUAAAAGCUCAGGGUCCCCUGGGGCUGGCCUCCCAUGGGACUCUCCCCCCUCCACACCUCAGAGGGGCACUGAGCUCUCCCCUGCUGAGGUAAAGGAACCCCGCAGCAUCCCGCUGAAGAUGUGUCAGGUGUCACGAAAACAGUGCCCCCCGGACACAGAAAACAGGUAUUUCGAGGUGAUUUCAUCCAACAGAAAAAACUCUGUGUUCCUGCGGGCAAAAGACCCAGCCAUGGCCCAGUCCUGGUACAACGGCAUCCAGGCUGGUGCUGCCAACCUUUUGCCACGAGUGAAGGAGGAGAUCAAGAGCAUGAAGCCUGGCAUGGAGGUGAAACAUCUGGGAUGGAUUACAGAGCAGGUGGCUCAGGGUCCAGAAAGACCAGUACUGGCUUUGUUGACUGACAGAGACCUGUUCCUGUAUCCCUCCUUGCCUGAAAGCAAAGAGAGCCUCAGCAGCCCCACCAAGAGUCACCCGCUCAUCACUACCAGACUGGUCCACUCUGGCCCAGGAAAAAGUUCUCCUCUCCUGGACUCUGAGCUGUCAUUUGGCCUGCGUUCAGGCACCAAGCAAGGCGUGGAGACCCACGUCUUCAGGGUGGAUUCUGCCAAGGAGCUGUCCACCUGGACUCAUCUGCUGGUGGAAGGCUGCCACAAUGCUGCUGAGCUCAUCAAGGAGGUCACCACGGCCUGUAGUUGGAAUGGGAAGGAGUGUACCCUGGGAGUGCACAUCGAUGAGGGUUUCACAUUGUUCACAGAAGAGAUGGGUGUUAGGAAAAGCAUUCUCCUUCAGCAGCCCUUUGAGCGCCUAAGAAUGUCCUCAGACGAUGGAGUUCGCAUGAUGUUCCUUGACUUUGGAGGCCCCGAGGCUGAGAUUCAGCUGGACCUCCACUGUUGCCCUAAGACCAUAGUCUUCAUCAUCCACUCUUUCCUAUCUGCGAAAGUCAAGCGACUUGGCCUCCUGGCAUGAUAACGGCCAACCAUCCAGAACACCACCAGUAGGAAUAUUCAAUAAAACACGCAGCCCAGAAGACUGAAACACACCAGAGAAUGGGGCCCAGGAAAAGAUGCUCACUAACCCUUUCUUUUCAGAUUUCCUAGACCUCUAAAAUGAUCACCUCUGGUCAAGUAUCUCCUGGUCUUUGUAGUGGAACGAAGAGAAAACUGCAGCAUUGAUGGACCUAUGAUGGACUUGUAGUUGUAAGGUAAAGUGAGGCAUUUACAGAUGGCAUAAGCCAGCGGCCACUUAAAGGGAUCUGACAUCUGUUAAAUCUGUCACUGUAAGUGAUGAGACUUUGUGAUAGCAAACUGUGUGAUUAUGACAGCUUGCAUCUUAAUGUUUCUAAGCUUGAAGUCCCAACCUUUAAUUUUUUUUUUUUUUUUUUCCCCCCAUUGUUUUGUCUUGUUAGAUGAGUCACGACAGGCCUUUGUCAUGAGCAUCCUUUCAUCUCCCAAUCUUUGCUUCAUGAGCAGUCAUAAAAAAUUUAUUUCACAAAUGUCCUGAUUUGAUGUUGGACAAACAUUUUUUUCUGAAGGCAGCUGCUUCAUUGGAGUGACAGGAUGACAUGACUGAUCACUGCAUGAUCAAUAGUCUGUACUGAACAAUGUACAGAAUACUGCUACGGCGAUAUGCUGUUUAUGUGGAGAUUUAAGUUGCCUUUACCCUGAAUGUUAAUGAAAGAAGCUACAUGCUUGUUGUUUAGACAGCUCCCAAGUGGCAAAUCAAAUUUUUCAUUGCAGCUGAACAACUUCUUAUUUUAUAUUCUUCUGUUUCUGUCCCCUAUUUUAAGCAUGCUUAUAAUCCAUGGCCUAACAAAGAGAGAGGACUAACAGAGUAUAAUAUUAUAAAAGGCUUUUUUCAAAAUUGUGUUUUAAUUUAAACAAUAAAUUAGAUAAAAAACUUGUAAUUUUCCUAACAAAAAGACACUUACCUUUAAUCUGGAAGGCUUUAGUGAGGCAGUGUGACACAGCAGUUUCAUUUGAUUUCAGCCCAUGUGAACAAAAUAUGAGCUAUUGUGUUCUUGGUGGUUGUCACAUCAUCAUUUAUUGAUAGAUGACAAACAGUUGGCUGAGAUGGUGCCGGUCCAACUAAGCUACUUCUGUACUGAUAAGCUUCCAAGUAAAAUACUGAGUCUAGCUCUGAAAUAAGCCAGUUUUAUAGUGCUAAGUGUGUUUUUUUUGUAAUUUAGUUACCAGACAGGAAAACAGGCUUCAUCAGAAAGCACUGAUUGUUCAUUUUACACUAUGUUCAACAUUUAAAUAUGUUAACUCAAAUACAAGAUGAAAGAUGUCAAAGUGUUUGAUCUUUUUUCUUUAUUAUUUGUGUCAACUGAAUAUCCACAACUUGGGGCCUUCUCUCUCUGUCCAACACUAAACAAUCUUGUAUUAAUAUAUAUUUCAAAACUAAAACUUGUUUGCUUUCAACAAUAAAAUGUAUUGUAUAUUCUUAUUUAAACAAAGGUGUGCCUUGCAGGGUUGUUUGUAUA